AAAACUUUAAGGUGAAGGUUGCUGGCAGAAAGGGCAAGGCCGACAGGUUGUUUACAUCUCCAUGGAGGCCCUUGACACCUGCUAGAGACCAUCCAAAAUAGUGAACGUAGCCGGUCGCUUUUUAUCCAGAUAGCAUCUGUGUCUUACAUAAGGGGUUUUCGGUAAAUCAUGUCAUACUACCAGAGCAACUAUCCGAGCUAUGGAGGAGGGUAUGGGUCUGCGUACCCCCCAAGUUCCGGACCUCCCCCACCCCCAGGUUAUGGCGGGGGGUACCAGAGUGCCUACAAUGUUAACCAAUAUCCAUAUGGAGGGGCGUACCAGCAGCAAGGGGCAGUGCCGGGCUUCACGGUGCCGGCUGUACAACAGUGCGCUUACAACAACCAGGCCAUGGUGCAACAGGCGCCAGUCCAGAUGGCCCAGCCCACGAGCAACGCUGUCAACAACUUCGACCAACAUCUCCAGAACUGGCAGAUGCAGCAGCAACAGCGCAUGAUGGAUAUGAUGGAGGAAAGGUUUAGAAGGCUGGAGGAGAUGCAGUCAAAGGGUGAGGAGAUCAGCAAGGAGGAGGAACAGGAGGUGGAGAAGGCUAAGGCAGGCGACAUCAAGGAACUGAUGAAGACCAAGUUUAUUGAUGAGUUGAUGCGUCGUGAGGCUGUCAGUGGCACGUUUGAGAUGACUGAGGGGACUGUGAGACCCUUCAUGACCUACCCAGCAGAGGACCCCGUUGUACAGUACUACAAUGCUGAACGCAGCACCGACCUGACAGACAAGCCCUGGGACCCCGAGGCCGACUGUGAAUACCUCAGGAAGGGAAUGAAGGGAUUAGGUACUGACGAGGAUGCUGUCACCCACGUCGUGGCCACACGGUGCAACCAGCAGAGACAGAAGCUCAAGACCAUGUACAAGACCAUGUAUGGACGGGAUCUGAUCGAGGAUGUCCACAGCGAGCUGAGUGGGGACUACCGGGAGUCGGUGAUGGCGUGUUUCGUGGACCCUGCCCGCUACGAUGCUUGGUGUGUGAAGGAGGCCAUCUAUGGCCUGGGAACUGAUGAGGCUACACUGAUUGAGGUGCUGAUGACUCGCACAAACCGACAGAUUGCGGAGAUGAAAAAUGUAUAUGGCGAUGUGGCUAGCCCCAAUCGCAAAGUCAAUGAUACCCUGAUUGAAAAGGACAUUGAGGAUGACACCAGCGGAGACUUCAAACGCCUGCUGAUAUCUGCCUCCCAGGGCAAUCGGUACGAGAUCAGCCGGGACAGCCUGGAGGCAGCUGUGGAGGAGGUCGUCGUCGAUGACCAUGCGACCGGGAUGUUCCAGGUGAACUAUGCGAAGCUGUGUGACAUGGAGAAGGCGAGGAGAGAUGCCCAGCUGUUGUUCAAGGCUGGAGAAGACCGGUGGGGCACAGACGAGGAGACCUUCAACAGGAUCUUCUCCACCAGAGAUUACUACACCAUGAGAACAAUCUACAAUGAGUAUGUCAAGAUCACACAAAGAGACAUUUUGAACUCAGUUGAUCGUGAGACGUCUGGGAACUUCAGGAAGGGGCUGUAUGCUGUUGCAAUGAACAUCCGCUGUCGACCGAUGUACUUUGCGGAGAAGUUGAGAGAUGCCAUGAAAGGACUUGGUACGGCAGAUAAAACUCUCAUCAGGAUCAUCAUCUCCCGGUCCGAGAUUGAUAUGGUUCAGAUAAAGGAGUGUUUCCUUCAGCUCACGAAGCAGACUCUGUGGAACUGGCUCAAGGACGACUGUAGCGGAGACUACAAGAAGUUGCUCCAGGCAGUGGUUGGUCGGAACUAGGUCAAGGUCAUGAUAUAGGAAUUUGAUACAAGGUCAUGGCAACUCAUUUUGAUCAUGAGGUCAAGGUCAUUACAUCUGCAUUCAAACAAGGUCAAGGUCACCUAAUCUGUAUCCAUACAAGGUCAAGGUUUAUGUCAUUUCUCAGAACACAGAAACAAUGCUAUAAUGACGUGAUUGGAAUGCAGCAAUGCAAAUUGAGACAAAAUUGCAAAUGAACAAAGAGUAAACUGUAUUUAUUUGUUGAUGCAAUAUGCUUUUUCAGCUGGACAAAUAGGAAAGUGAGAUGCAUGUAAUGAAUUAUCUGUGUUUUCAUACCGGGUAACAUACAGUAUACUAUUCUAUGAAUGUAAAACAAUAAUGUAUAUUCACGGAUGACCAACCCUAAACAGGGUUUAGAAAUGCACUGUUGCCACUGAUAUCAGGAUAAUUGCUUGUUCAGAAAAACAUUUUUGGAUGUCUGUUUUAAUUAAUUGUUAUUCAUAUUAUUUGAUGACAUGGAUCACUGUCAUCAAAUAUUUAACAUUGUUUCGUUGAACGACUGAAAGGGUUUUAUUUUUGUUAUUCAAGUGUUGACUCUAUAUACAAUAGAGGUUUGUUGAAAAAAUGUUAUUCUAUAGGACAUUUUGUUUCUAUGUUCUGUACAGGGUAGGUAGCAAAUUGAUUAACUUAAAUGUUAAUGACACAUAGUAUAGAGCUAAUAUUAGGUUAAAUAUCUUCAGAUCAUUGCAGGCUGCUUGAUCGAAGUGUGAUUCCCAUACACUGUAUUUUCAGUAGGAGAUGAAUCAGGAAUUCAUGUCAUAUCUUAAAGCCUGUAUGGGUUAUGACCUUGAAUCUGAUGUUUGUCUCAUGACCAUGUUACCACUCAGAUAGCCUGUAAAGCCGUUUUAACCAUAAUUAUGACCUGGCUCUUACAAAUAUGAUAACUAUACCGACAGAGCUCCACGAUGCCUUCAGACAAGAGCAGUGCAGGUGGAAUGGAUUAGCAAUAUGUCCAAUGAACUCGCUGUAAUGACAGAGUAUGGUGACCAUAUAGCUUAGAUAGAUCUUUCUUACAAUAAUGUACCCGGUACCUUUUAAUUAUACAUGAUAGAAAACUUCUUAUUAGUUGCUUGAAUUCUUAAUCUACGGUACAUUCUUGGGGUUCAAACAUCACCUGUCUGAAUAAUUAUUCUUGAGUAUUUUCUUGGAGGUUGAACAUCACCUGUCUGAACAUUUCUUCAACAGUAUAUUCUUGGAAGUUAAACAUUAUGCCUAAGUACUUAUUCGGCAGUAAAUUCUUGGGGGUUAAACAUCACCUGUCUGAAUAUUUAUUCAAUAGUAUUUUCUUGGAGGUUAAACAUCACCUGUCUGAAUAUUUAUUCUAUAGUAUUUUCUUGGAGGUUAAACAUCACCUGUCUGAAUAUUUAUUCUGUAGUAUAUUCUUGGAGGUUAAACAUCACCUGUGUCAAUAUUUAUUCUGUAGUAUAUUCUUGGAGGUUAAACAUCACCUAUGUCAAUAUUUAUUCUUUAGUAUUUUCUUGGAGGUUAAACAUCACCUGUCUCAAUAUUUAUUCUGUAGUAUUUUCUUGGAGGUUAAACAUCACCUGUCUGAAAACUUAUUCUACAGUACAAUGUCGGAGGUUAAACAUCACCUCUCUGAAUAUCUAUAUACCAGGACUAGGGCCAUCUUUAGCACAGCUGAAGACUUGGGGGCAGUGGUCUAGCCUAGAUGUUAAAGCGUUUGCUUGUCAGGCCAAAGACCCUGUUUUGAUUCCCAACAUGCUAUUACAAUGUGGGAAACCAUUGCUGGUGUCUCCCGCCCUAAUACUGCUGAAAGCUGUGAAAACCAAACUCAUGCAGUCACUGAUACACUUUGUAUCAUGGAAAUGAACCUCAUGUGUCUAUUACUGCCAACAAAGCAAUAACUAUUUUGUUCUCCUUCCAAAUCUUUGCGUGUUUUGUAAAUGUUCAAAUGAAAUGUCUCCUUUGUAUCUUUGUUUCAUUUUCUAAUGGAAUCUGAUCAAUAAAAUCAUUAAUGUUCUUA